GACGCUUCGCUCGGCCCUUGCUAAGUGGCGUGUGCUACAAUUAAGUAACGGGCAGAGACAUUUCACAACAACAACAAAAAAUAGGAAAAUAGAAUACAACAAGAAAUACAAAACCAAAAACCAUCAAAAUCCCAAUAAAACCAAACCACAUUAAACAAGAAAAUAAUAAAUAGACAUCCGAGCACAUAUACCCACGCAAAAGUAAAACAAUAGCAUACUAGUUGGUACAACUGGGGUAUUUUAUACAUAACUCGCUAAAUCCUUCGUUUAAUACAACGACCACCAGGAGGAAACAACCAAAAACUACAGUAAAUCGGAAACAAGAAAUAACCAUCAGCAAACUGCACCGGAGUUGACAGACAUUUGGUUAAAGUGCAAGCCCAAACAUUUCCCUGAUUAAUGGAAAUGUUUUAAAAAAAAAAGCGUGCUCGGGUUGCCAAAUCAAAGAGAAUCGACAGAUGCACCACCAAAUAAUACGAAAAACAACCAAAAACCGUGGCCAAAUAAAAGUCGACAAGGAAUAAAGACACAUAAAUACACACAAAUGUACAUAAUUUAAUAUUUGGAUAUGCCUUGUAAAUACGACAUAAAUAUUUAGAAUCUAGGCAACUACGCUUAAUACGACAGCUAGACAGGCAGGAGAAAACACAUCUUUUCGAAUAACAAACAAACACGACUCUCACUCCACUCGGUUAACUUCCACAAAUACAGAUAAUCACAACACAGUGGAACACUAAAACUCUAACCAAACAGAAACAACUCCCCCCACCAAAAACCUUAAACCACGUAAAACAAUUUAUACAUAAAUGUAACAGAAGGAAGCUAAACCACAAAAACAAGAAAAAAACCAAAAAAAAAAUAAUAAUAAUAUAUAUAUAUAUACUAAACAAAACUAAACGAACGCAUAAAGGGCACAAAAGCCCACUUUUCCAAAUUGCCGUCAAUGUGUUGAUGAUCUACAGAAACCGUCUUUGAACGCUCUUAAUCAGUAGGAUAUCGCCAUAAACUGCACUCCCCAACGACAGGCAGCGAUCCGGAAACAGAUCGGCUAACAUAACCGGAUUCCGAGCCGGAGUCCGUGAAGCGAAAGUGAUAAGGGUAAAGAACGAAUACCGAAAGUUUCGGCCGCAGGAUCAAGAUGCAUAUUGAAAUCCAGGUCGCCUUGAACUUUGUCAUAUCCUAUCUCUACAACAAGUUGCCGCGCAGACGUGUAAAUAUAUUCGGCGAGGAGCUAGAGAAGGCCCUACGCGACAAGUUCCAGGAUCACUGGUACCCAGAAAAACCCUUCAAGGGAUCUGCCUAUCGCUGCUUAAAGACCGGGGAUCCCAUUGAUUCGGUUUUGGAAAGGGCGGCUAGAGAAAGUGGGGUCCCAAUCGGCGAUAUCCUAGAAAACUUACCAAAUGAACUUUCCGUGUGGAUAGAUCCUGGGGAGGUCUCUUUUCGCAUUGGUGAAAAAGGAGCGGUAAAGAUUCUUUACACGGAAAACAAUGAAAAUCAUGAGGACAGUCAUUCUGCAGAUCGCGAAGUCACCAAAAUGUUCAACCCGGAGGCGCAAUGCUUCCGACCCAUCGACGCCGUUAAUACCACCAUGAACAAUAUGAGCCUGAGUCCCAAGGGGCAUCACCAAUCAGGAUCAUCGCCGCACUCGGCCGCGUCCAGUUCGCCCACCUACAAGGGCAGUCCGAACCGUACGAUCUCUGGCAGCUGCAGUCCCGUUCCCGGAAACGGUGCCACCGCCAAUGCAGCUGCAGCGGCAUUCAUGCAACGCGGCGCCCAGGCGCCAUUAACAUUCACCACGGCCACCUUUGCGCAGACUAAAUUUGGCAGCACCAAGCUGAAGACUAGCUCCAAGCGCACAAACAGCAGCAGCGCCUAUCGCAUGUCGCCCACUGAGUUCUCCAACUACAUCAAACAGCGUGCAAUGCAACAGCAGAUGCAUCAUGGCCAUGCAGUUGUCCCGUCCGCAGGAUCAUCGGUAUCGGCAGCAUAUGGCGGCAUGGACGCCGUAUCGCCUGCCCGUUCCCUAUCGCCGAAUCCCCUAUCGCUGGCCGGAAAUCAAAAUCAGUCCGUAUCGGGAUCGUCGGCCGAUUCCUAUUACUAUCCAAAUAUGCCGAUCAAUAUGUAUCCACAAUAUGGCAAUCCACGCUGCCUCUUUGAGUCGCACUUCUCUGCGGAUGUUAGCAGCAUGGGUCUGUAUGUGAGCGGAACAGCUGGUGCUGCAGUCACCGCUGUCGGAAGUGUUGGCGCCAAUAAGUAUAGUACUUAUCUGGAGCCGUGCUACUAUGGCAAUGGCCAUGCCAAUACCCAACAGCAUUCGCAGCAACAGACUCGCGUCGGAAUGGAUCGUCCAAAUAGUAGCGAAAGCUGCUUUGGUCUCAAUGUGGACUGCGGUAGUGUUGUGCUCGAGGAUUCAUCAUCAUCGUCAUCUGCAGCAGCUGCUGCUGUGGCCGUUACCAUUGCCGGGGACUCAUCGGCAGAAAACAGUCCUCUAAGUACACCCACCUUGGCAGCCGUAAACGUAGGAAAAGCCACUAGUCCUCCUACCAACUCCACCAACAACAGUAGUAGCCAUCCAAUUCAACAACAGGAACAACCGUCCUCCUCAUCGGGAAACGGAAACGGAAAUGCAAACGCCAAUGCGAACGGAAACAACGGUAACAAUUCUAACAGCAAUACUAAACUGAUCGAUGGCAUAAGCUCCUUCUAUGGCACCGGAUCAUCGUAUCAGCAACUAUUGGUUGCCAACUAGAGUUUCCUCGAAGUCAAUCACCGCAAAGAGAAUCCACCAUAGUUAUGUAGAUAUAAAAAUAUCAACCAAAAAAAAAAAGGAAUAUUAUAUUCGUGGCAUGGUUAUGUAUGAAAUGCAUUUCAGGCUUACUGGUCAAAACUCAAUGAGCAAUACGAAUUGUUAUGCAGUUUUCAGAUUUCGUGUAUGUUUCCCGAUAGGAACCGAAACAAAGUGAAUGGAGCUACUUUGGUGGAGUGGUUGAUGUAGAUAUCAUCGUUACCAUUAUAGGCAAGUUUUAAUGAGGAAAGAUAACAUUAAAAAUCAAGGACAAACAUUAUUUGCCGCCUUGGAAAGUUAUGUAAUAAUGUUCUUGCGGAUGUGAGCAAUUAAGUUGGAUGCAUAUCUGCGCGGAGAAUUGAUUCGAUACGAUGUUGACACGCUCACGAUCAGACACACAAGGAAGGCACAUAACCAGAUGUACAUGCAUAUGUGUUAAAAGCUGUAUGCAGAUGUAUAUACAGACAUAUAUAUAUGUGUAUGGAUAGGGCCAAUAAGUGCCAUAUGUGUGAGGCCCAUUAAUGUAGAUAUGUACGAGUUGUAUAUACAUAUAUAUAUCAGCCACUAAUAAUAUUUAUUUUGUUAACAAAUUUCGUGUAAAUCGCAAAGUGAAGUUUCCUUCUGGUAUCAAGCGCAUGCAUAGAAAAAUUAACUCAAAAUAUUGAGUGUAGCCAUAGGCAUGUACGAAUGAUACACUCUAAUCAAAAACACACAAGCAAAUAAUGAAGAUUUACCGAAGCAAACCAAUAAGCAACAAUAAAUAAUACCGCAAAAAAUAAAUAUAUGCAAAGAGAACAAAUAUAAAUGUCUCAACUAAUUGUUUUUACUUGUUAUGCAUAUAUGAACGUAUAUAUAAAAAUAUGUUUAAUUAUCCAACUUAGGAUCAACUUUUACAAUAAGUUUUUAAUUAGUUGUAAACUAGAAUAAGGUCAUUUUUGUAGAUCAAGUUGCUAAAUCGAAAAACAACAUGUAUAUCUUUAUCGAUAAAAGUCAACAUUGUUGAUUAUAAAUAGAGAUGCAAUUUGCAAACCCUGAGCAUCCUGACCUGUGAGGAAAGUUUUUCUCGAGUAAAAGUCCUUCUUCCCAUUCUUUGUAUUUUUAUAAAAUUUUAUUCUAGUUUUGUAUAUAUCUGCAGCUAGCUUGCAAAAUAGUUAACGAAAUGUAUUCAGUUUCACAACUAUACGAAAUAUACACAAAAAUCUAUACAUUUUCAUACUACAAAUGAAGUGUUUCGAAAGAUUUCGUAAAAAUUAGUACAGGUAUCGUUCUGGUGAGUAAGCUUUUGCUUAAAUUUAUAUAUAUUUUAUGUGGUUGCAAUUGAAAGCAUACAACCAAUAUAUUGCUCAAGCCAUUAGAUAUAACAAAACCUCGUUUGAAACUUUCUUAGUUAUAUUAACUAAACACAAUAUUUCGAAAAUUCAAAGAUUGGGAAAAAGGACCUUUGUUAGAACACCUGAAAACAACUUUCUAAGAAACCGUAGAAAAAUGAACUUCAGCAUCUUUCACAUUAUCUAUUUUUCCGAUGCAAAAAUCUCUAAUUGUUUUCCUAUAAACUAAAUGUUGUUUUGCCCUAACCCCUUUUUUAUCAUUCGACUUCAUCGAAAUAAAAUCCUAUGCCAGAUAGAAUGUACCAUAAUAGGAUAUCGUAUGAUUUUAUUGUUAGUGCCAAGGUCGUCGGGUCACUGCUAAACUUUUUUACCCCCAAAUACAAGUUAUUCAAGCUAUGGAAGCUUUUACAUAUAAAAACACCUGAACAAAUGAUAAAACAAACAAAAAAAAACAUUUAUAUUUUUGUUGUAUGUUAAAUUGUAUGUAUUACCAUUUGACUUCGUAUUUUUUUGUAUAUAUAUAUCUAUUUUUAUAUGAACAUUUGUAAUUUUUAUAAAUCGAGUACAGUAAAAAAUUUUAUACUUUUUAUAUGGGCCUAUGUGAAAAUACCUUGCUCUAUAUGAAUACUUACUUUAAUUAAACGGGAAAAUAAAAAGCAAAAAACCAAAAGACGAUUUUAGUUGAUCUUUAUUAAGUUCCAAAUGAAACACGAAAUGUUAAUGUAAAUAUGUCAUUAAAUGUAUUAUUUCACUUCUCGAUAUGUUGUUAUAAUACAGUAAAUCCAAAGGUAUGAAAGUACUUUUAAGACAUGGAAGUGAAAAAGAUGAAGGGAUAAACAACAAAAUAUUGAGUAAGCAACUGAAUUCAUUCUCUAGUUAUCUUGUUAAGGAACAUUUGUAACAUUUGUGUGAACGUUCUGAUUUUGUUUUAAUUGCCUAGUCGAAAAAGCAAACACAAAGUGGAAAAUUAAACAAAAGCGAUGAGGAUUUUUCAGCUUUUUGGAGAAUGUAUUCGAAUAUGUACCUACACAUCCCACUGAUGUGUGUAUCUAAACCUACCACUGAAAACAGAAAUUUAAUGAAACAUUUAAGUACCUUAACGAAGCUUCUAAUUAUAGCUACUGUGACCACGAACAAGAGUCAAAUCAAAGCCAAGCCAAACAAAAAUACCCCACUAAAUGCUAUAUCACUCGCACUUCAAAGUAAGAGGUGCGAAUUAUAGAUUGCAUUGGGUCUAUAGCUUUUGUAUUCUGAUCAUGGUAGCGCAUAAGUGUACCUACAGACAAACUAACAUACAUGCAUACAUACAUACAUACAUACAUACACCAUUUGACACUUGCACACAUUAAGAAUUAGGCACGUUUUUUUCUUAGACGUAUUAGAGUGUAUUUGAAUUAAACCAGAAACAUUCAACAGAAAACGAAAAAAAAAGAAAAUAAAAAACAAAACAUUUUGUACUUUUAUAUAUAUGAUGAGUAUAUACAUAUACAUACAUAUAUUCGUAUACAUGUAUACAUAUGAAUGCCUCUAAAUGGUUAAACUCAACGGAUUCUCAAUGUAUUUUUUGUAUGUCUCAGAAUGGUAUGUCUCUGAAUGAAACCAAAUAACGAACAAAUAUUCAUAGUGUUAGAAAUUGUCUCACAUGCCAUUCUCUAUAAGUACGAAUAUGGCACAAGUAAAAGCCCCAAGAUGUAUGCAAUCUGCCAAUCUAUCCUUACCUGAAUCUAAAUCGUAGAGCGAUAUGGAAUGGAUAUGGUUAUAGAUAUGGAUAUGAAAUUUGAAAUGGAGAGUAUUGGACGAGAAUACGGGAUGGCUGGCUUAUAAGAACUAUUCUAUUGUGAUUGUGAUAACAAUGUAAGGCACAGAUAAGGAACGCGAUACAGAGAUGUGAAAAACCGCUGUAGAAAUGGCAAAAUAUUCAUAUGUAUAUGUAUAUAGAUGGGGAAAUUUAGAUAAAGUAUCCGCCUAAUCAUCAAUGUCCACCAACUUAAAAUUUUAACUCGAUCGAGAUGAAAUUGUAUCCGACCGAUCUAAUAAGCAAAUAAUGAACCAUUAUGGUAGACACACAAAUAUACAAAAGCGAAAACAAAAAAAAAAAAAACAAUAAAACCAAAACAUAUUUUACAAUAUGAGAUGAAUAAAAUCCACACCAAGCAACAUUUUAAAACACACUUAAAGAAGUCAACAAAAAUCAAGAGAUCAAGCCAGACGUAGAAACAACUCACUAACUAAAGUAAAGUGCGACAUUGGUACAUGUAUUUAGCUACAAGGAGGACAACCAAAAAAUUAGAUAUAAUACAGCUUUUUAUACCUCAGAUAUGUUUCUAUAUGUAUGUAAAUGUACGAAGAGAAAUCUCUCACGCAAUGCAAAGUAAUAAAAACAAAAAGAAAAAUAGGAAAAUCAACUAUAUUUAAGCCCACUUAUCUUCGAUAAGGUUCAUAAGUACAGAUAUUUUGAUAGGUAGUUAGAUGAAAACUCAUUUACGAAUGUAACUUUUAUAUAUUUUUUUAGGUAACUUGUUUUAUUGAUAUGCGAUUUCCAACAUAAAUCUAAAUGUGCAUUACCAACCAGACUCUUGAAUAGAAUUUCCGAAAAUUGGUUAGUGGUCACAGCUCUGGAUGUUAGCGGAAAUACAAAUAGUAUAUUAUGAAAUAUAUGAUAUAUGACAUAAGUUUAUCAUAAUACAACUGAAAAAGUAUCAACGUAUAAGCAACUGUACUUUCUAUUAUAAGUGUUAUAUUCUUUCCACGUUAUCGGGCUUAAAAAAAGUUUAUAUGAUAAAAGAUAUUUUCUCAUGUGUGUCUAGAUUUUACAUAUGGUAUAUUCCCAACUAAACACCAAAAAUGGAUAUGAACUUUUAUGUGAUCUGAGUUCUACUGUUCUUUUCUGUUAAAUAAGGCAUAUGUUUAUAUGUAUGUAUAUUGAAAAGAAAAAAAAAACAACGUGAAAAUUAUAAUUAAAGGCUGAGAAGUCAUACAUACAUACAUUCACUGCAUAUGUACGUAUUAUGUUUUAAACUUCAACUCGAAUAGAUUUUGGUACCGAUUGAUAUAUGUAUGUACAUAUAUGGCUUUCGUUGAACAGAAAAAUCCGAAAGAGAAAGUAAUUAAAUUAAUGCAUAUCAGUGAUUACAAUAACGAUGUACAUACAUGCAAAACAAUAACAAAAUAAUGUAUAUGUGUGACCUCAUUAGCACACAAUAAUCGUGUAUGUAUAUCUAUUCUUAGUACCGAACUAUUCAAUCAAUUUAAAACCCCUUACGUGUGUGAAAAUAAACAUAGAGGUUAAUAAUAUAAAAUGUAUGUACUAUGUAUAGUAACAAAUAUAACUUCCAUAUGAGUAUUUUUCGUAUUACCUUUAGUAGAAUAAAGAUUAUCGUAUAAUUAAAACGCAUUGUUUAUAAAAAAAAAACAGUGAUCUGCUUCGAUCACCGACUUAAACAAUUGGAUAUUGUUAACAAAAAGCAAAAAAAAAAAAAAUGCAAAAAAAGAGUUUGAUGUUUUCUCCGCACUGUUGCAUACUUAUUCAGUAUUCUGAGAACAGAUGUCCUUUUACAAGAUUAGUACUCACGGCAAAAUAAAAGCUCAAAAACGGUACCUACGGGUACGUACCAAGGUAAAUUAGUUGAGUACUUUUUACCUUACCUAUGUAAAUAAAUAAAUUAAUACAUUUUACCCUUCCUAGGCACGGAUUUUGAUUUUCACCGCGUACUCGUCGUGAUUUUAAAUUAUUGAAAUC